AUGCUGACACAACGUCGUAUCAAGAACCACCUCAAGUUGGCCCAGAAUGCACAGGCCAAUCAGACACCCGUGGAACCCAAUACAAUGUUGGCGAUGACUGACACUGCCACAACAUCUGAACCAGGCACAGUCCCACCUCGCAAAUCCAAGAAUGUUAGGAAACGAAAUGCCACGUCGAGGGCUGACUUCACAUCGACGGUCAAUCUCGCAUCGAUGGCCAAUCCCUCUCAGGUGACUAUGGACAGCCAGCUUAAGGAGAUGCUGGCCUUGAUGCAGAAGGAGAUUGCGGAGAUUCGAGGAAAGAAUGAGAGGAUUCUUGGCGAGAAUGAGAGCAUGCGUGGUGAGAUCAAGAGCAUUCGCAGCGAGAACAAGAGGAUUCUCACUAAGGAGGAGAGCAUGUGCGGUGAGAUUGAGAGGAUCACCAAUGAGAACAAGAGCUUGCGCAAGGACAACGAGUGCAUCGAUGAUGAUCUUGCCAUCAUUCGCAAGGACCUUGAUGCAGCGAGAGUCCAACACACUCAGGACAUUGAAGCACUCAGAGAAGUCACCAUGUCACUAGUUCCCUUGCAUCUUCGUGACCUACUUGACCGUGCACGCAGAAAGGGUCUGGAACACCUCGGUUACGAGACCUGGGAAGGACUUCGCGAUUCCCGCAGCGUCUAUCAACUUUCAAAUACCAUCUUCGAUGCUCUCAAAUGGCAGGGUCAGGCUGAUGCUGAGCUUGAUGCAAUCAUGAAUAAGCAAUGGUGGGACCUGAUGAGGAUGGCAUGGCAUGUUGCUGGUUGCCCCUAUGAUCAGUACCGCAACCGUUACGCUUCUGAUGUUCUGGACUAUGGUACAGAUAUUCUUGAAGAUCUUGCCAAGGGCACGACCAUGUACAUGCGCGUGCUGCCAGAUGUCUCGAGGAGUGAGCUCAAAUUCCUCCGCAAGGGGUUGAGCAACACUAUCAAUAGGUUGGAAUUGCAACAGGCGGACGAGAAUAUUCAAUCUGCAGUGAGAGCUCUGAAGGAUAUGUUGUUGUUGAGGGCAACGUAG